AUGGAAGGUCUGCUAGGCGGACUGGUCAAGGACAAGGACCCUCGCGCAGAGAUUGUCAGGGCCGAGCUCGAUGCCAUGGCGCGCGAGGCCGAGAUGACCGGACUAAAGUUGCGCCGAUCCAAGGCUUAUGAGGAAAUGACCUAUGCCAUGGGAAUAUCUACCUCAACUUCCACUACUGCCGAGUCAAAGGCAAACGCCUCCACCGUGAAAAAGGAGGCAAUCGUUUCAGAUGCCAGCCCGAUGGAUCGACAGCCCCACCAACAGCAAUCAAAGUCGUCCUCGUCGUCUUCGGAACAUAUCUCCACGUCUAAGCAACAGCCACUGCCGCAGCCGCAACAUUCUCACCCAUACAGGUCGCAGCAACCAUCACAGACACAAAACACCCAGCAAUCGAGGAAUCAGCACCACCACCAGCAACACACUGUUCAUUACAAUAAUUAUCAACAACACGGUCGCAACGGAUCUGGAUCCGGGUCUGCUAAUAUCGCCCAUUCGCCGUCAACAGAUGGACACAAUGCUCCGACGUUCAUGCCCUCGUCGUCCUCAGCCCAACAAUAUCAAUAUCAGCCGCAUCACCCACUACAACAGCCCGUCUCACAAUUUCAUUCUCACAGUACUCAGCCUGGUCACCACGCCCACCAACUGCCUCAAAGUCCGGGAAACUGGCAGCACUACCAACACCCUACUCACCAACAGCAUCCCGACGCAGCCCACGAACCUUUGGCUGUGUCACACCGAUACCACUCUUCGUCUUCAUCGACGGAAACAUACCCCUCAGCGUCCUGGGCAGGAAACGAAAGGAAUGGAUCAGGAUCAAUGUAUACCCCAAGGAAGGGAUCCGAUUCUGUUUAUCGCCCCCUGGCCUCAGACCGUCCAACCCACGUUGACCCUCUGACAGGAUACAUGGCUAUGCCGCGCCAAAUUGUGCCGCAGGAAUCGAGACUUGUCUUGCCUUCAUCAGAAGUCAUGGAUCACCUGUUCGAUAUUCACUUUCGUUUUGUCCACCCAGUCCUUCCUAUGCUUCACCGAAAGUCGUUCUACGACCAACUCCAUGGACCAGAUCCACCACCUGCUCAUCUGUUGUUUGCAGUCCUGGGAUUGGCAUCGCGUUUCAGUGACAACCCCGUCUUCAGGACCCCUCAACCAGGGGCAGAUCGGCCUCCCUGCACCAUCUUUUACGAGCGAGCAAAGGAGUUGAUCAAGGACGAGUACGACAACUCGCAAGUAGGGACUGUCCAGGCAUUAUUGCUGAUGGCCAUUCAGCAGAUGGGCUUUUGCGAAAGUCAGCGGGCGUGGCUCUAUGUCGGCAUGGCGAUCCGGAUGGCUCAAGAUCUUGGACUGAACUGUGAACUUUCAGAGCAGGAGCAGAUCAGGAACCCUGUCUUGGCUGAACAAAGGCGCAGGACUUGGUGGUCGUGCUAUGUCGUUGAACGUCUUGUCUGUGCAGGCCUUGGAAGACCACUCUCCAUCACACAACAGCAUUGCGAGACUGGGUUUCCUCGGUACGAUGAGCCAGAGCCAGAGAUUGGAUUGCCAGACGGAUCCUUAGUUGGGUGUGUCGGUACUGCCUCCAAUUUUGUACUCCUCAUUACCCUCUCCAGCAUCCAAGGAAACAUUCUCCAGUUCAUCAAAGCCCGCGCUGUCCGCAACGACGACCAUCGGCAAUCGCAUGAAGGAUCUCCCUCGCAUCCGAAUCUCAGCAGUACCAGCGAUCAGGACCGCGCCUACCGCGUCGACACCAGCCCAGCAGCAUUCGCUGCCCUGGAUCGAUCUCUGACAGAGUGGAGACAGACACUCCCCCCAGCUCUUCAGAACCCUACGGCUGACUCGCCUCACUAUGGACUGUUCCUCCACAUGACCUACAACACGUUGAUUAUUCUUCUUCACCGGCCCGACGUUUUUUACAGCGCGACAUCGGCAUCAUUGUGUACGGAAGCAGCAGCAGCCAUUACAGAGAUCACAGAGAUAUUGAUGCGGGCCAAUGCCCUGACGUCGAUGAUCAUCAGCUGUCUCUAUGCGAUCUUCUCGGCAGGACUCAUCCAUUUCAUCAACAUCCCCAGCGCCAAGCGGGGCAGUGUCUCGUCCAACUAUUCAAGCCCGACUUUGUCCUCUACCCGACCCGUCGUUGCUAUGUAUUCUCCAGUUUCUGGACCUACUGCGCUAGCGGCCAAGGCCAACAUGAAGCGAUGCAUCGAUGCCCUCAAGUUCUUGUCGAGCCAUUGGGUCAGUGCAGCUCGGCGUGCCAAGGUCUUGGAGGAUCUCUUGGAUCUCAAGAAGGUCUGUCUCAAGGAUUUGGAGGUGGAUUCUUUCCAAACGAGGCCGUUGAUGCCAGACUGGGUGGUUGAGGGCAUCAAGUAUGGUCAAGCCUUGGCGGUCCCUCGUGAAGGACAUGACCAGCUCCGCCAAAAGUGCCGCUCCAAGAUGAUGGCCAUCCAGUCUCUUUUGGCCAACGACGAGGAAUACGACCGGAUGCAGAACAGGAGGAGCUCUAGUAUGGAUGAGACCAUGGGCAAUGGCGACAAGGCUGAAGAGUCGAUGGACAUUGCUCAGGAGACUCUUGCAGAGGACAUAUCAAGGAACAGACCCAUGUACCGCGAGGACCGGAUUCAGUCGUUUUCUGGAUCGUCCACGCCGGCGUCUUCAUCGUCCAAUUUGAACCGAAGUAGCCAGUCGCACAAGCAGUCUUACUCCUUUGGCUCUGACCCGAUGAUGCUUAUCUCAACAGCAACCUUUGGACCUUCUGGCGCUCAACCUCCAGUACCAGAAGCCAAUACUAUGGAUGUCGAGUCCUUCGGAGGCAUGCGCUCAUUCACUCCAAUGACUCUUACGACAUUGGGAUACACAAGCUCAGCAGCGUCGUCGUCAGCAUCACCCCCAUCAUCCGGAUACGUGAGACAUGGAUCUGCCAUGACCCUUUUAGCCAAGAGUCCAGCCACGUCGCUAACCUCAGCUUCCAAGGCAACCAUGCUAGACCCCUUUUCGAUGCCCAGCAGUAUCAUCUUCCCAGAGGCUAACCAUGGACGACAGUCGAGCUAUGGCAGUGGAGUUGAUCCCAUGGAAGGUAUGGGUGGUGGUAGCGGGUCACCCGGUGGCUCCAUUUUCCGACGAGACGGUCAGGAUGACAAGAACAGGAUACCCAGCUCUUUCCCGAGAAUGUCGUUGGCUGGAGGUUCGAGCCCAUCGCAUUCUAGCAGUUGUGGCGACGAGCAUGACCAGGAUGAGCACGAUGUGAUAUGGAGCGACAUGCCUCCAACCCUGGGCCUUGACGAGUGGAUGGCCUACAUUGGAGCCCUGAUGAUGCGUUGGCUUGCCAGUGGCGAGUCCUCCCCUCGCUCUCCCCUUUCCACCUAA